AUGAUUGCUGGUGGCGUGAAGAACACGCCUGGCAGCAGUCGGCCGACGAGCAUAUCACAUGUCUCUGCGACGUUGCUCGGUAACUUCUACCCAACACCCAACACGAAACUCGCUAGGGAAACGGGCUACAGAAGCGACGAGUAUCGAGCACCUUAUCCAGCGGGUUUUGGGUGGACUUUUGAGCGUUCGUGUCAGGACACGACGCAAGCGCGAGACAUUCUAGUUCGCUCAGCUAGCGCAUACCUGGUUAUCGGAUCGAAUGAUGGCUUUGGCCGAGACCCGUUGCAAAGAUAA